AUGGAUCCUGCGGAACGUAUUGAGGCCGCCUCCAAGUUUCUUCUCCAAUCUCCCCCAGGAGAGAUCAAUGACGUGCUCAAUGAUGUGCGGAACAUCAUCUCGGACGAUGAUUCCCUGCAAUCCGGCGUGCUCCCCGCGCUGAGGGAGUACAACAUCACGCAGUUUACGACUGCGGAGGUACCAGGACACCAGCACCAGUCUAUCGUCAGCAGUGCUGCGAGGAUACCAGGUGCGGAAGAGGAUGAAGAUGGGGAGUUGUCACAGGAUAGGUAUUGGGAUCCACGGUCAAGGACAAGCUUCCGUUUCGACCAUCUGAGCUUGGAAUCCUCGGACCCAGAGCCUUAUGAGCCCGAUGCUGAGUCUGAGCCCUUCCGGGCCGCCCUUGAGAAUGCGUCAUUACAAUACCUACAAGCGCACUACCACGAUGGUGUUGCAUCCGUCUUCCCCGUAGCAGGCUCAAGUACACGCUUCGUGAUCCAGAUCGUUGCGAACAAGUACAACCCGAACAACUACUGGUCCGGUCGCUGGCGCUCCGAAUACACCAUCGACACCUCCACAAAGACGCUCGAGGGCAGGAUCCUCGUGAACGUGCACUACUACGAGCAGGGAAACGUUCAACUCUCGACCACACACACCGUCUCGCUCGCUCUACCACCUGCGAUCGCGCCCUCGGGCGGCGCGUCCGCGGCGUCGAAGGUGCUAGCGCUCGUCGAGGCCGAAGAGGGCAAGUACCAGACGUCGCUCAAUGAGGCGUACGCAGAGAUGGGCGAGAAGACGUUCAAGGGCCUCCGCCGUGCGCUACCCAUGACGCGUUCGAAGCUCGACUGGGACCGCGUGCUCGGCUACAAACUCGGCGCGGAGCUGACGAACAGCAAGGGCGUGUUUGGC